AUGAAGUCCAGUCUCAAUCUUCUCCAUAAUUCAUCCGUUACCAUUUACAAUCAUGGCUUCCACAACCAAAUUUGUGUUUCUCGCAGCACUUCUCGUGCUCUGCUGUUCCACAGCCACCCAAGCCUUGGGCCUCAAACGAACCGCCAACAUCCAAUUUACUUGCACGAAAUUCUUAACGGCACCGACCCAACUGCGGUGCCCGUCACGGCCCGAUCUAAUUACGCGGGUACAAACCCAUUGGGUGCCGUGUUCGGUGCAAUCUCCAUAAUGGACAACCCGCUUAGGACCUCCAGAGACCCGAAUUCGAUUUUGUUGGGGCGGGCGCAAGGGUUGUACGCGAUGGCGUCGCAGAGUGAGGUUGUGCUGUUUAUGUCGGCCACGUAUUGGUUCACCGCCGGGAGUUUUAACGGGAGCUCGUUUAGUCUGGUUGGGUUGAAUCACGCAAUGAAGCCGUUGAGGGAGAUUCCGAUUGUGGGUUGUACCGGGCGGUUUCGGCUUGCGAAAGGGUAUUGUAUGGUUCGGACUAUUGCGAUGGACGGGUCGAAUAAUAUAAUCGGGUAUAAUGGGACCUUGUUCCACUAUUGA